GAGAGGCGCGUUAACCGGCGCGGGCGCCUGUGCGCACUACGGAAUGUAAAGGGGGUGCGGUGCGUUUGUGUGUGCGGUUCGCUUCCUGGACGUGCUUAAGUCGUUUUUUUUGUUGUUUUAUUUUUCAAAUUUGAAUCGGCCCCGAGGUUUAAAUCAACACAGUCAGCAAGCGGUCAUCAUCAUCGUCGCCGUCGUCAACAUCGUCGUCAACAUCGUCGCAAUUACGAUUGUUGGUGUGUACAAUUGACUUCCGUGAUGUUGCUGCCUACCGUCAACUUGCGUUGGCCUCGCUGUAGAUGACGCAGAAGCGAUCGGACGUCUGGGCCAUCGAAACCCAACGCAGCGCGGUGAGGAAGGGAGGCGGGAGGCCCGGCGGUGGCGCGCGACGGUAACGCCUCAGCGGCCCAGGCGAGCGGCAGGCUCGAGGCCCCGGGCGCCACGGCGACGCAGAUGGCGCCGUGGAACAUGACCGGGGUGGCAGUCUUGACCCCUGCCCCCGGCACGCGGGGGGGGCGGCGACGGGGGUGGCACCAUCGCCCCCUCUUCCUCAUCUUCCUCCACCCUCGGAUUCAUCCUCCUCCCGUUCGGUCUCGUCGCCAUCAUUGGGGUCGCCAUCAUCAUGGCGAUGUACAUCCGCAAAAGGAAGCGGCUGGAGAAGUUGCGUCACCAGCUGAUGCCCAUGUACAACUUUGACCCGAGCGAGGACCAGGACGAGCUGGAGCAGGAGCUGCUGGACCCCAGCGGAGACGGUCCCCUCGCCGGCAAGGGUCCCGGCGCGACACAGAGCACCGUGCAGAGGCCGAGCCGCCUGGUGUUCACCGACGUUGCCACAGCCGCCAUGAACGCUUAACGUCACCCCCCACAACGCCCCCCCCCCCCCCUUGCCUCUGUGCCCCCCCACUCCUCCGGCCCCCCACGCCGGGUUCAAGGGUCAAGGUUAAGGGUUGUAGGGCGAGUGGUGCGGAGUCUGGGUGGUCGGCGGAGUUGCAACUGUGAGCGCGGAGAGGGAGGAGAGUGGAACAAACGCUCAGCGACGAAGGUUGAUGGUCGACCUUUGAAACACCGAUGGGGCGAUGCCAAUUACCCAUAAUUCUCCUGGUCUCCUCCUGCUGAUCGCCUCCCCCUCCCUUCCCCUCUGAGUCGUCACUCUGGCAAGAAAAAGGUCACACAUGCAAAGCCUUGUGGGUAAGGCCUAAGCGUCCGAGCGGCUGCCACCCACUCCCCCUACCUGCCUGUCCCAGAGAGAUUGGUGUUAAAACUUCCUCCCACAAUGCACUGCUCCGCGUAAGCACAUUGGAGUGGAAUGUUAUCGUUGCAUCUCGCAUCAGCUCGUCUUACCGCACAUCUUACCCAUUCCACUUGUGAGAGAGUGCCGUCUUUCGCUGGCCGUACGGCGUGUCGGGUCUCUGGGGUUUUGUGCGAAACAACCGUGACAAAAACAAAACAGAACAUUUUCAAGAAAACUGCACAACGUAAUUGCAACCAAUCCGCGCGGCUAUCGUGCUCUCAAGCCGUUGCACACGUGAGCAAUUCAGUUGCCUGCAACUUGGCUGCGUGCGGCUGCAUUGCUUACGUGCGGAUGUCUGUGCAACCAGGUUGCGAAGCCGGCUGCUGCACCAAAAUAUCGGCUCCAGCUGACGGUGGAGCGAUGCAAACUUUAAAUUUACGUAAAAUUAAACAAGUCGAGGGGGGAAAAAAAAGCCAUGCAUGCUCAUGGAUUCUGCAAAUAAUCAUUUUGGUUCGAGUGUGCACAUUUGUUUGGGCAGCCGUUGCAUCGACUUGGCUGGUUUUCUCUCGGGUAAGGCCCUUAUAGAGUUGGUGGUCUGAAUUACUCGCAUUGAGACCCAUAGACUCGAUGCGAGUCAUUCAGACCACCAACUCUAUGGGUCUCUUGUGUGAGACCCAUAGACUCGCACAGAGACCCAUAGACUCGCAUAGACCGAGACGUAAUCAAUCGGGUUCUCAAUUGCAUUGAGUUGAUGGUCUCAGCCCAGUCACCAAUGUCUGCACACAAACGAAUCCUUUUAACUUUGAAGUAAGUUUCCGUAGACAGUGCCAUGGUCUGUAGAAGAUCAUUGUAAGUUUGGAUUUUAUUUUAUUUGACGCCCCCCAAAAAAAAAACCAACACCUUCCUGUUCUGAGAAUGAAAAAUGUCAGUUUUGGUUUAAUUGAACGCUCUUCGCAGGGCACGUGAUAGGCGCGUAGCGCCCCUAGCGUGGGCCGAGAGGUCUUCUGUGGCGACCUCAGAAGUCGUACCUUGGCGUCGUCUUCCACAGCAAGGCCGCUGAAACUCCCCGAUGGAAAUUCCCUUCGCGUCGACAGGAAACGCUCGGGUGUGCGAACAUCCGCUAAAGACGAACCGGUCUCGUCACCGUGCGCUCGAGUGCUACCGCACGGAGGUGUGGGGGGCGGGGCUCGUGCGGGGAACUGGGCCCGGGGGCCUUCCGCGUGGCGGUCGGACGUGCGACGUGCGACGUGCGACGUGCGGUUACCAGAGGAGGGCUGGAGAAACGGAGUUGAGUUUGAAAAGCGGCCGCUCCGUACAGCGGAGGUGGGGGGGGGGGGGCGGUCGUUGCGUCUUGACGUUUGGUGCGUGCGGUGGCGCCGGAGCGAUACGUGCAGCUGUGGUCCAGACACUGCUUUUUCAGGGCAUUUACACGAAGCGCGUGCGUCUGUGUGCGGUAUUUAUAUGCAAAUGUACAAGCAAUGUUGGCCUG